CAGUUCAGUGCUUUUUUCAACUGUAACUCCAAAAUGUUUUUUCUGUUACUAUUAUCGAUACUCGGCAUCCUGCUGGCGUAUCAGUACUUCAAGAUCCUUAGCGGUUAUCGUUUUGCCGAUCAAAUACCCACCGUCCGACCGGUUUACCCGAUCCUCGGCCAUUUGGUCGCGUUUUCGGGCAAAUCUUCCGAACAAGCCUUUUGGCUAACGGUGAGAUACUUCCAGCAGGUGGAUCGCCUCGGAAAAAUCGUGUUGGGUCCGAAACCGUUCGUGUUGGUCAACCAGCCGGAUCUACUGCAGCAGGUGCUCACCCGAAGCGACCUGCACGAUAAGCCCUUCUUCUACGAUUUUUUGACCCUCGGUGGUGGGUUGAUCACGGAACGAUCCGGGGAAAAAUGGCACCACGUGCGGAAGCUGCUGAAUCCCACUUUCAACACUCGAAUGCUGACCAACUUCCUACCUAUCAUGGAUUACCGUGCCAGUAGGAUGGUAGCAAAAUUAGGCCCUCUAGCGGAUGGACAGACGGAGGUGGACAUCAUGAAAUUCAUCGGUGAGUGUACGCUGGAGAUGGUGUUCAGCACGACUAUGGGACGCAAUGCACACGAACUGCCCGGCCAACGAGAGUAUAUACGAAACUUAGAAGUUAUUCAAAAUUGUGUUGGAGAAAGAAUUCUAAAUGCAAACCAAUACUUGGGAGUGUUUUAUCGAAUGAGCAUUGCUUACAAAAUAGAACAAAUUUCUAGAGAUAUUUGCAAUAAAUUUACAGAUAAGAUUAUCAGCGAAAGACGCAAAGAGCUUGAAGAGGAAUCAGAAAUCGCAACUGACGAAGAUGAAUUCAAAGCGAAAUCACUGAACUUCCUAGAUGAGGUAUUAAUGAUACAAAAACGAGAAAAUCUCGCAUUUACAGAUCAGGAUAUAUCCGAUCAACUGUACACUAUGAUGACCGCUGCACACGACACAUCAGCUCUGACCGUAGCUAAUACGUGUCUAUUCCUCGCAAUGAACCCGGAGAUACAGUCGAAAGUCCUAGCCGAAAUGAACGAUGUAUUCCACUCACCAUCGGUGGAAAUCAACUGCGACACGCUCAAGCAGCUUGAGUAUACAGAAAUGGUCAUCAAAGAAGUUCUACGACUGUGCCCAGUUGCUCCACUUGUUGCCCGAGAAACCUCGGAAGAAAUCAUACUCGAUGGCAUUCGCAUUCCGAAGGGACAAAUUUUGGCAAUAAACUUCUACACCCUGCAUCGUCGCAAGGACUUCUGGGGUGCCGAUCCAGAACGCUUCGACCCGGAACGUUUCCGUCCGGAGGAGUGCGAGAAACGCCAUCCGUACGCUUAUCUGCCGUUCAGCGGAGGCCUACGGAAUUGCAUCGGUAGUCGAUAUGCAGCGAAUUCGAUGCGAAUAAUGUUGCUGAGAAUUCUACAACAAUUUGAGUUGCGCACCGAUCUGAAGCAGUCCGAUUUGAGGUUCAAGUUUGAGGUAACAUUGAAAUUGACUGGACCGCACCGGGUGUGUUUAAUGGAGAGAAAUAAAUGACUGAUGACAAGUUUUGAACCAGAAAGACUCCAACCGUUUAGUUCGUAAUAAAUAUAUCUUACUCUACGGAUCUUUCAGUACGAGAAUACCUCACCUAAUUAGUGAGUAGCUUUGAUUUUAUAGCACAGAAUAGAUCACUCAGUCUAUAAUAGGUACAAAUAAAACUAAAAUUGAAACAAA